UGUGACUCUCUGUUUGGAGGCCUGUAGUCACCACCUGUGCCCUGUGCUUCUGUGUUUGUGUGGCCUGUCUGCAGGUGUGUCCUCCUGAUGGUGCCACCCUGGUCCAGGGAGCUGGGCCUCCUCGCCCUCCUGCUGCCCGUGCUCCUGGCAUCGCCUCGGGCGCUGGCCGUGUGCCCGGCGAGCUGCUCGUGCAGCGACAGCCACCGCGAGGUCGACUGCUCGUGGCGCGGCCUGCGCUCGCUCCCCCACGGCCUGCAGCACAACAUCCACGCCCUCAACCUGUCGCACAACCGCCUGUCCGACCUGGACCACGCGCUCAGCCCCUUCACGCACCUGCGCAGCCUGGACCUGUCGCACAACCGGCUGAGCCGCCUGCCCUCCGAGCUGCCGCGCUCGCUCUGGGAGCUGCACGCCGCCGGAAACCGCCUGCGCACGCUGCACAAGAACGACACGGCGUACCACUGGAACCUGCGGCUGCUCGACCUGUCCGGCAACAAGCUGGAGCGCGUGGUCUUCAUCAACAACACCAUGCCGAGCUUGCGGACGCUCGACCUGAGCCGCAACCGCUUCUGGACCGUGCCCACCAACAUUCCGAGAAACGCGGAGAUCGUCAACCUGUCCCACAACACCUUGGUGCAGGUGCUGCCCCGGUCGCUGGACCAGCUGUCGCGUCUCUCGCGCCUCUACCUGCACUCCAACCGCUUCACCACGCUGACGCACGGCGCCCUGGACCGCCUGGCCACGCUGCGCCUCAUCACGCUGGGCGACAACCCCUGGGCCUGCGACGAGCCGCGCAACAUCACCUACCUGCUGUCCUGGCUGCGGCGGACGCACGCCAGCGUGCUGGGCUGCCCCUGCCACACCUGGCACACCUGCGGCGAGACGCACCUGGCGACCACGAGGGGAUGGCACUACGCCUCCUACACCAUGCCCCCGCAGCCGCCUCGCCGCGAUGACGACGACGACCACGACGACAACGACAACGACUCUGACUCCGAGCCGGAAAACGACUACGAGCUUGGACCCAGGCGCGGGCCGGGCCACCGGCACCGGCACCACAACAGACCCGGGGUCCCACCCAUGCGAGCCGUGACCGGGGGCUACUGGCCCGAGUCGGUGUUGCUGGAGAUGCACAGGCCGGACAACUCGCUGGACGUGGACGCCAGCAGCACACAGGACUACGAGAGCCGCUGGCCGCCCGGAGGGUUCUACGUCACCUCGGCGCCCGAGAGUCUAUCCACGCCGGACGAGACGUACACAACGCAGAAGUACUUCACCGCCAGCAGUUACCAUGACGAGGACACCACCGAGGACACCCUGACCACCACCACGCGCAAGAGCCCCACGCUACGAACACGCAGCGUCCAGAAAGGCGGGAGUCAGGAGAAACCUCGUAGCUAUGGCAACCGGCCGGACCGAGCGUUGUGGCUGUUGCUGUUGUCGAGCGUGUUGGCGGCAGUUUUUUUCUUCAGAUUGGAUUUGUGA